CCAUUCUUCUCACUGAAAAAAACAUUGUUCUCUUCUCCCAUGGCGUCCACACGUGAGGGUCAUUAUAGAGGAGUCAGAAAGCGCCCAUGGGGUCGUUAUGCAGCUGAGAUACGUGACCCUUGGAAGAAAACCCGGGUUUGGUUAGGCACUUUUGACUCUCCGGAGGAGGCUGCACUAGCCUACGACGGCGCCGCCAGGUCCCUCCGUGGUACCAAAGCCAAAACCAACUUUCCCACUCCGUCACCAGGGUUGUCUUUGAACAUCAACAUUACGACCGAACACCGGUGUGUCUCGCCUGCCGGUGGGCUCAUGAUUAACAACUUGAAUGACAUCAAUGAUGUGAGCUUCAGGGCUGGUGAUCACAGCACGACGGAAGUGGGUGGCGCUUCUGGAACUCCGGUGGUGGAGUCCGGCGAUGACCAAGCGAAGUAUUUCGGUAUAGUAAGACGUGGGUUGCCCAUAGACUUGAACGAGCCUCCACCUUUGUGGAUGUAAGCAUUUUUCAAAUAUUUCUGUGAUGUAAGAAAGUAAUCUUAGCAGUUGUCCAUAUGUAUGUAUGUUUUUCCAGUUUUUUUUUAUGAUUAUGUAUUGAAACUUUACCACCUCAGUUCUUGAUUUUCUUUUCA